AUGCGUUUGCGACGCCUGCCACAACGCACAUGUAGGCUUCUGCGCGUCAGCCUGUAUGCAUGGUGUGUUUGCAUGCUCGUGCAAUGGCUACUCGCAGGGUCCUAUGUACAAGGGAGUGCGUGGCGCGAUGCAAGUGCCGAUCGCGCGUGGCCUCGGCAUGUGUUGGUGCUGACGGCACAUCCAGACGAUGAAUGCAUGUUUUUCGGUCCGACGAUCCAAAGUCUGCUGAAGCUGAAUGUGACGAUCUCAGCACUGUGUCUAUCAAGAGGCAAUGCCGAAGGUCUAGGCGCUAUACGUGAGCAGGAACUCACCGCGAGUUAUGGCGUGCUGGGAGUGCCGAGGGAGCGUGUCACAUGUAUAAAUGAUCAUGCACUGCAGGAUGGCAUGCAAGAAGAGUGGAAUCCAAGGCAUAUCCAGGACGUCAUAGAAACGCAUCUUCGGAUCACACUGCCAGGACAGCUGUUGUCUAACAACCACCACAACAUGACCCGUACAGACGUGGAGGCGAUUCUGACCUUCGACGAAGGAGGCGUCUCACUGCAUCCGAAUCACAGAGCCACUUAUGAGGGCGCGCGUAUGUAUGUUGAAGACAUGCGCGCAAGGAAGCAGGGAGAUCAUAAGCCACCUGCUCUAUGGUCAUUGUAUUCACUGACGUGGCGCACGAAAUUCCUUGGUCCAUUCAGCGGUGUGGCCCAACGCUGGUCACGGUCGGACUAUGUGUUUUUGGCACCGCUGCGUAUGUAUGUGACGAGCUUAGCGGCUAUGCGUCGGCAUAGGACACAGCUGGUGUGGUUCCGGUAUUUGUAUGUGAUAUUUUCUUCCUACAUGCAGGCGAAUCGAAUCUACAGUACAACCAUGUAA